AUGGCCCCCACUUCGUCGACCGAAAUUCUCAUGGCUCAAGACUCCCCAAUCAAGCGUCGUCGCGGUAGACCCUUGAAAGCCAGAAAUGAUAAUCUUUCCAAUUCAAAAAUUAAAAAGGCAACCUGUUUGAAAGUAGCUCGUUCUUCAGCAGCUGUUCUUAAAGCUGGUUCCCCAAACCAUAGAUCCCCAACAAUGAAGGUGCUGCCAACUGCCCAAAAACUAAAGGCGGUCCUUGCUUUACAAAACCACGGUCUACUGCUUUCUACUCCUAAGCCUAAAGGAGGACUGAUUUUAUCCUUUGGAUCUGAUCAUAAGAAGAAAUGGACCCCAAUCACAAGAAGAUUAUUUGAGAUUGGUGGCACUGCCGAAAUAGAGUCUCAUAACAGUGACAAAAAAUCUCACCAAGGAAAAAUUCUUAUUCAAAAGCAAGAGAAUGAUGAGGAUAGAUCUUUCCUAAAUUUCAGAAAUAGUGUUAUUGCUCGUAAUCAAAGAGAAAAGGAGAAUUACCGUGUUUCCCAUCUCCAUGAAGUCGUUAACCCCCUUGAUAACCACGGACUAAUCGACCCAAAUUCUCUUCUUUCGUCUCCAAUGUUCUCUGGUACGAAAAAUCCAGACUUUUCUAGAGCUUCAAAUCUUCUCAAUGGUGAUUUUUUCUCUUCCCCUAUCGUGUCAAGUCGUCAUCAGCAACAUAACGAUGUCAAUCUUGUUACCUCACCAACUGGCCUUCCAACGUCUCCUAGCACUUUAACUAUUAAUAACGACCAUCACCAUCGGCUUCUUCAUGACGAUCAUAUUAAUCUCCAAGUUGAUCAUGAACAAACUCUUCAACAUCAACAAAAUCACAAUGAAACUUUGAUUGCUGCCGACAUUACCUGUAGUCCAGCUGCAGGAUUCAAUUUCUCGUCAAUCAUUCAAUCGUCACCGGUUUUCCACGGCUAUUAUAUGAAAACUCCUACUUCUGCCUCGUCAUCUCGCAACAAUACGAAAAUCUCUGUGAGAGCCAUGGAAAUUAAACCAUCCCCUAGUCAAAUGCGAGGUUCGGGUGAACCAGAAAUUGAAGACGAUUCCGAUUUGGAGUUUGCUCAUCCACCAAGAUGUAAGGCAAAUGUCGACGGGGAAUCUAAUGAUGAAGCUCCUGGCCCAUUGUUGCCUCCUGUGACUAUUCUGAACCUUGAAUUCAGUAGUGAUGAGGAAGAUGAUGACUUUCCUGAAAAGUAUCUUAUUAAUCAUAAUAGACCAGUGGUGAACACUAGCGGAAUCUCUUUGACGGUAGACAGCUCGGGAAGAGCCAUUAUUUCUCGUCCUCCAACCACCGCGCUCCCUGUUGCUUUCCCUCAUAAUAACUUGGCUUUUGGAAGUGACACCAUUCGCCGUACCAUAAACAAAACUACUCCAUCAUUAAUGUCGUCUCCUCGGUAUGACACACAAAACAACCGUCACUUUUUGCCCUCAUCUCCAUUUCCUGCUAUCGCAAUGGCUGAAGACUUCUUUGCUAGACCAUCGAACCCAACUACUGACGAAACUCUUGAAACCAAUUCAGAAAUAGAAGAGCUGGACGGGAAGUUAGGGCAACAAAAACUUCAUAGACCACAUAUCAUUCACAAUCCAGUGUUUGCCACUAAUAUUCCUACAAAGACCAUGAUUCCAGCUUUUGGAAAUGGUGUUAAAUUGGAUGCCAGUUUCAUGAGCGAUGACUCAAUAGACGAAAAUGGAGCAGGUGAUUGUGAUGCCCGGGCUGCAUUGAUGAAGAUGGUAGGAAUGAGGGGAUAA